CUGUUGCUAGGAGGCUGCAUGAUAGGGGCCAUUAGUUCCCCCCCCCACUCCCCCAGUUUCUUUUCCGGAGGGCAGGGGGCUCAUAUUCUGCGCCAGGACUCCGCUCCGGAACCCUUUUUCCCAAGCCAGGAUUUUCCGUUGGGGGUGUUCUGUGUAAAUCAUGCCGAGAGUGCCCUAGAGCAUGUGCAGAGUGUUCUCGCUCACCUUGCUGCAUCUUCAUCCACGGAGCUCAGGGAAGCGUUGAGCACGGUGCUCUCUUCCCACCACCCCUUCUUCCUGGUGGUAGUGGUGGUCAUAAUAAUAACAAUAAGAAUAAAGUGUUGUGCGAAUACAUAAUAACUGCAGUCAUAAAUUGUAGGAUUCGUUUCGUUCCCACACUUGGGAUCUUGUGUCAAAAGGUAGUAAUAUGUGCAGUGCCAAAGAAUGAGGGGGCAGGUGCCAGCUUCAAGGGAUAAAAUGGCACAUUUUGACAUGGUGGUAAGCUAAGUGUCUGGGGUGGGGAUUCUUGUCUGGGAGGUCUGCGCAGGGCCAAUCUCUGCUGGGGUGAGUAGAAAGUGGUAAGCAAGCAAGGCAGCCUUUGAUCUCUUAGGGCCUUAGGCAACUGUUUUUUUCUCGUCAUCAGGUAUUUUCUCGUCAUUUGGCCCUCUGGAUGUGGUUGGACUAGAGCUCCCAUCAUUCCUGAGACUGGCCAUGCUGCCUGGGACUGAUGAGAGCCCAGCCACACCUGGAAGCCCACAGGUUUCCCAUGUCUGUUUUGUGUGUGUGCAUCUUAUAAGAUUUCUAUCUCCACCCACCCAACGUAGACAACCCUCACCUCCAAACUUAACUUGAAAUCUGAAGUUGAGCCGUCCUGGAUUCCAUCACUCUGUGGCCCCUUCAUUCUGGCAAGGCCACUGUUAGAGGCAGUAUGCCCCUGAAUUCUAUUUGCUGGGAAUCGCAAGUUGUGGGGAGAGUUGUUGCCCUUGGGGGCCACUGUGAGAACAGGAUGCUGAACUAGGGUAGAAAAAUACCGACCUCAGACACUAAGUGAUUUGAUUUCUCAUCAGGACAUUCUGAGUACCAUUCAGAAGUUCAUCAGUGAAGAUCGACUGCCUCAUCUCCUUCUCUAUGGGCCUCCAGGGACUGGCAAGACUUCCACCAUUUUGGCCUGUGCUAAACAGCUUUACAAAGACAAAGCGUUUGGCUCAAUGGUCCUCGAGCUCAAUGCUUCAGACGACAGGGGAAUUGACAUUGUCCGAGGGCCUAUCCUGAACUUUGCCAGCACGAGGAGCAUCUUUAAGAAAGGCUUUAAGCUGGUGAUUCUGGAUGAAGCAGAUGCCAUGACGCAGGAUGCCCAGAAUGCCCUCAGGCGCGUGAUAGAGAAGUUCACCGAGAACACCAGGUUUUGCCUAAUCUGCAACUACCUUUCCAAGAUAAUCCCAGCCCUGCAGUCCAGGUGCACCAGAUUCCGCUUUGGGCCCCUGACUCCUGAGCUCAUGGUUCCUCGGCUGCAGCACGUCAUCGAGGAGGAGGAAGUUGAUGUAAGCGAGGAUGGGAUGAAAGCCCUGGUGACGCUUUCCAAUGGCGAUAUGCGCAGGUCUCUGAACAUCUUACAGAGCACAUCCAUGGCCUUUGGAAAGGUGACCGAGGAGACAGUCUACACCUGCACGGGGCAGCCGCUCAAGUCUGACAUUGCCAACAUCCUCGAUUGGAUGCUGAACCAAGAUUUCACCACCGCCUAUCGCAAUAUCAUGGAGCUGAAAACGUUGAAGGGUUUAGCUCUUCAGGACAUCCUGACAGAAAUCCACUUGUUUGUCCACCGAGUUGACUUCCCAUCAUCUGUACGAAUCCAGUUGCUGAUAAAGAUGGCGGAUGUUGAGCACCGCCUGGCUGCAGGGACAAGCGAGAAGAUUCAGCUGGGGGCCCUCGUUGGUGCCUUCCAGGUCACCAGAGACCUGAUCACAGCAGAGGCUUAGAAAAGCCCCCUUCUCUCCAGCUUCUCACCUGCUGUCCGGUCUACAGCUUCCGCUUCUGCAGCUCCAAAAGACAGAACUCCUGUUUGGCUGUCCAUUGGCGUUUAUGGUAGAUCUUUACCGAGCUCCCUCCGAAUUUAGGGUCGCCUUAAGGCAGGGGUGGGGAACCUCUACCCCGCAGGCCAGAUUUGGCCUUGCAACACAAUUCCUUGCAAGCCACAGCCACCUGCCCCUCACCUGCCAUCAAAUGUGAGACAGGCACCUAAGUGGCUACAAAGGAGCAGUCAGGAGCUUGAAGUGAGCUUCAGUUUCU